CGGGUCGCUGAGGUUUGCGGCCACAGCGGGGCCGUCUGUCGGUCCGCCCGUCCGUCCCCCUGCGCUCCCAGCCAUGGCCGCGCCCCGCAUCCUGCUGCUCUUGCUGUUGUUGCUCCCGGCGCCUGAGGGAGCCCAGAGUCAGCGGUGUAGGACUUCCCCUGGGCGCAAAGUUGAUGCUGAUUUGGUCUGUCCUGAUUUCUGCUGCGGCCACUGUUACAACCAGUACUGUUGCUCGGACGUGUCAAAGCAGGUUGUGUGGACGGACAAAGAUUGCCAAGCCCCGGAGGCCAGUGUCCACACUGAAGCGUUCACCUCCAUCUACGACGACGACCCCAUGUCCAAGUUCGGCACAGUGCUCGCCAUCGGGGUGACCCUCUUUGUGAUUGGCGUGGUCACUGUUAUCAUCUGCUGCACCUGCUCCUGCUGCUGUUUGUACAAGAUGUGCCGGCGCCCACGACCGGUUGUGACCACCACCAUGGCCACCACGGUGACCCACACCCCUUACUUGCAACCGCCCAGCUACCCUGGACCAACGUACCAGGGCUACCACUCCGUGGUCCCCCAGCCGGGGCUGCCAACAGCACCCUACCCGACCCAGCCCAUGGGCCCCCCCGCCUACCACGAGACGAUGGCGGGAGAUGCAGCCCUGCCCUACCCUGCCAGCCAGCCUCCUUAUAAUCCGGCCUACAUGGAGCCCCCAAAGAUAGUCUCCUGAGCACUCCCUGGUGUCUCUGGCUACCAGCUGAUCUGUCCUGCGUGUGUGACUGGGUGUGCGGGUGCGGGCCUCUCUCCCCGGGCAUGGUGUGUGUGAUGGCAAUGAGGGGUGCGCGAAGCAGCCCAUGGCAGAGUUGCCGGGACCAUGUUGUGCUCCCCUCCUCACCUGAGAUUAUGCUUCCUGGAACCCCACAGAACGGUUCUUUUCCAGCCACCCCAGCGAGACCUGGGGCUGGAGCAGGGAUGCUUGUCGUACUAGGACAGCUCAGCUUUUGUGUGGGCAGGAUGCACCCGUCUUCCGGUUUCUGUGGCAUGGCUAGCCGUCUCUGAAGCACUAGAGCCACGGUGCGGGCGAGCGGGUGAGGCUGAAGACUGCAGGUGGGUCUCGAUCUUUCCUGUGGCUCCCGCAGCCGGGGCCUUGCCCCGUGGAGGGUGGGUGGCCUGGUUAUCUGAGCGCCUCAGGCGGAGCCCCACCCUUCCUGAAAACUAUCUUUCUGGACCCUUCUUGCACCCUUCCUGGGACCACCUGGAGGCCCACACUUACCCACGGUUCUGGUUGCCCCGGUUGGCCCUGGCGCCUUUCACAGGUGGACAGGGCAGCCUAUGACCACUUGUCCACUCAGGUGUCCCCCCUGCAGUGUUUUUAUUUUACUGUUCGCUAACUAUUUUAGCUGUGUUCUGUUUCAAAAUGUGUGUAAUGGUUGCUGUGAGGCUGAAACCGUUGGGUCCUAGACGGAGACUUCCCCGAGAGGAGAGGGACUCUGAGUCCCUGCUUCCCCAUCACCAGCCUCACAGGCUACCCGGCUGCUGGACCCCAGGCCUAGGUGUGUCCUGGCAGCGGGGACACCUGGGUCAAGGUGUCGUCUGGACCAAAGGUGGAGGGGACCCUGAGGGGGCUCCUGUGACCUAGACACAUACCUCGGUGUUCCCCACCCCUCUGUCCGUGUCUUACCAUGUCGUAGGUCGGGACCUCUUAAUGUGUUUGGAGUCUUGGGUCUGCACCCUUGUUUGUAAUAAAUGCAGAUAUUUC